GGGCCGCUGGCGGGCGUGCGUUCCGCCUUCUCACGCCGUGUGCUGCGCUGCGGAGCGCCAGGCUCGGGACCGGAGGGCUCACGCCGCGCUCCCGGCUCGCUGUGCCUAGAGGCAGCGGGCUGAGCUCCCCCGGCCACCCCAGCGUCGAGCGGACCCUGGCCGCCAAGCAGCUCCCGCCGGCCGGGAGACGCCCCCGUCCCCCGCCCCCGCUUGGCCAGGCCGGCUGAGCGGGAGCGGCGGGAGGCGGAGGAGGCGGCGCCGCGGGGACUGCCUCCUCCCCGCCCCUCGCGUCUCCUCCCCGCGCCACCGAAAAGGACAAGGGGACUAGGCACGGGGACCCCGGCCAGAGAGCGCCGGUGCCCUGGGACCGCCCCUCUCGCGCGUUCCCUCGCCGCGAGCCCGGGUGGGUCUCGCCCCGUAUGGUGCUGGCAGCACCCAUGAGCCAGGACGCGGACCCCAGCGGUCCGGAGCAACCGGACAGAGAUGCCUGCGUUGUGCCGGGUGCCCAGGCGUCCCCGGCGCCCCCGGGCCCACGAGGGAUGCAGCCGCCGCCUCCGCCGCCGCCCCAAGCCGGCCUACCCCAGAUCAUCCAAAACGCCGCCAAGCUCCUGGACAAGCAGCCCUUCUCUGUGCGAAACCCGAACCCUCUGCUGCCUUCGCCUGCCAGUCUCCAGCUGGCCCAACUGCAGGCACAGCUCACCCUCCACCGGCUGAAGUUGGCACAGACGGCUGUCACCAACAAUACUGCGGCUGCCACCGUGCUGAACCAGGUCCUCUCCAAGGUGGCCAUGUCCCAGCCUCUCUUCAGCCAGCUGAGGCAUCCGUCCGUGCUCGGUGCUCCCCACAGCCACACUGCAGUGCCCCAACAUGCUGGGGCCGUACCCAGCGCUCGGUUUCCCUCGAGUGCGAUUGCCUUCUCGCCCCCCAGCCAGACACGAGGCCCAGGAGCCUCCGUGAGCCUCCCCAGCCAGCCCCCCAGUGCCAUGGUGAUGCAUCCUUUCAGCGGAGUGAUGCCUCAGACCCCUGCCCAGCCAGCAGUCAUCUUGGGCCUCGGCAAGGCCGGGGCCGCUCCGGCCACCACGGGAUUCUACGAGUAUGGUAAAGCUAGCACUGGCCAGGCUUUCGGCUCCGAAGCAGACGGUCAGCCCGGCUUCCUGCCAGCCUCAGCCUCUGCCUCGGGCAGUGUGACCUAUGAAGGGCAUUAUGGCCACACAGGGCAAGAUGGCCAAGCCGCCUUUCCCAAAGAUUUCUAUGGACCCAACGCCCAAGGGUCCCACGUGGCAGGUGGAUUCCCAGCCGAGCAGACCGGGGGCAUGAAAGGCGAGGUAGGGGCCCUGCUGCAGGGUGCAAGCAGCCAGUGGGAGAGCCCUCCUGGGUUCUCUGGCCAGAACAAACCCGACCUCACAGCAGGUCCCAGCCUGUGGCCUCCACCCCCCAGCCAGCCCUAUGAACUGUACGACCCCGAGGAACCCACCUCAGACAGGACCCCCCCUUCCUUUGGGGGUCGACUCAACAACAGCAAGCAGGGUUUCAGCGGUGCCCGGCGGAGAGCCAAGGAGGAGCAGGCCAUGCUGUCUGUGCGGCCCCUGCAGGCUCACGAGCUGAAUGACUUCCACGGCGUGGCGCCCCUCCAUCUGCCACACAUCUGUAGCAUGUGCGACAAGAAGGUGUUUGACUUGAAGGACUGGGAGCUGCAUGUGAAGGGGAAGCUGCAUGCUCAGAAAUGCCUGCUUUUCUCUGAAAAUGCUGACAUCCGGUGUGUACUGGCUUCGGCAGAGGGAACGCUGUGUGGCUCCCCCAAUAGCACAGCUGUUUAUAGCCCCGCUGGGAAUGAAGAUUAUGCCUCCAAUCUUGGAACAUCGUAUGCAGCCAUUCCGGCAAGGUCAUUUGCUCAGUCAAAUCCUGCAUUUCCUUCAGGGACAAAUUUUGCACAGCGGAAAGGUGCUGGCCGUGUGGUGCACAUCUGCAAUCUCCCUGAAGGAAGCUGUACCGAGAAUGAUGUCAUUAACCUGGGGCUGCCCUUUGGAAAGGUCACUAAUUACAUCCUCAUGAAGUCGACUAACCAGGCCUUUUUAGAGAUGGCUUACACAGAAGCUGCCCAGGCCAUGGUCCAGUAUUAUCAAGAAAAAUCUGCUGUGAUCAAUGGUGAAAAGUUGCUCAUUCGGAUGUCCAAGAGAUAUAAGGAAUUGCAGCUGAAGAAACCUGGAAAAACUGUGGCCGCUAUCAUCCAGGACAUCCACUCCCAGAGGGAGAGGGACAUGUUCCGGGAAGCAGACAGAUAUGGCCCAGAACGUCCUCGGUCUCGCAGUCCUGUGAGCCGGUCACUCUCCCCAAGGUCCCACACUCCAAGCUUCACCUCCUGCAGCUCUUCUCACAGUCCUCCAGUCCCUUCCCGAGGGGACUGGGGCAAUGGCCGGGACUCGUGGGAGCACUCUCCCUUUGCCAGGAGGGAGGAGGAGCGAGACCCAGUCCCCUGGAGGGAGAACGGGGAGGACAAGAGGGACAGGACGGACACAUGGGCACAUGAUCGCAAACACUAUCCCCGACAGCUGGACAAAGCUGAGUUGGAUGAGCGACUUGAAGGAGGGAGGGGCCACCGGGAAAAGUACCUGAGGUCUGGGUCCCCCAACCCCCUCCACUCUGCAUCCAGCUACAAAAGUCGGGAAGAUGGCUACUACAGGAAAGAGCCCAAGGCCAAGUUGGACAAGUACCUCAAGCAGCAGGACGCCCCUGGGAGGUCCAGGAGGAAAGAUGAGGCCAGGUUGCGGGAAAGCAGACACCUCUACCCUGAUGACUCUGGCAAGGAAGAUGGGCUGGGGCCCAAGGUCACUAGGGCCCCUGAGAGUGCCACAUCCAAGCAGAAUGAGAAGAAUAAAACCAAGAGACCCGACAGAGACCAAGAAGGAGCUGAUGAAAGAAAAGAAAGCAAAAUGGCGGAGAAUGAGGCUGGAAAAGAGGAGCAGGAGGGCAUGGAAGGAAGCCCCCAGUCAGUGGGCAGACAGGAGAAAGAGACAGAGUCCUCUGAUCCAGAAAACACAAGGACAAAGAAGGAGCAAGACUGGGAGAGUGGAAGUGAGGCAGAGGGGGAGAACUGGUACCCCACGAAUAUGGAGGAGCUCGUCACAGUGGACGAGGUAGGGGAAGAAGAAGAUUUUAUCAUGGAGCCAGACAUCCCGGAGCUGGAAGAAAUUAUACCUAUUGCCCAGAGAGACAAAAUCUGCCCUGAAGUGUGUCCCUGUGUGACCACCACCUUAGAUCUGGACUUGGCCGAGGAUUUCACCGGGGAGGAAGUCAAGACCGUAGGGAACGGGGCUGCAGAAAUCAGCCCCAAGCUGUCCAGACAACUGCCUUCGGCUUCCACGAGCUGUCCCAGUGACACGGACGUGGAAAUGCCUGGCCUAAAUCUGGACGCUGAGCGGAAGCCAGCUGAACGGGAGACAGGCCUCUCACUGGAGGAUUCGGAUUGCUACGAGAAGGAGGCAAAGGGAGCGCAGAGCUCAGAUGUUUGUCUGGCCCCUACAGCCCAGCAAAUGUCUUCCCCCCAGCCAGCCGAGGAGAGGGCCCGACAGCAGAGCCCAGUUCUUGAUGACUGCAAGGCCAGGGGGACCCCCGAAGAUGGGGCUGGGGAAGGCAGCCUCCUGGAGGAGAAAACCAGCCCCACUCCUGAGACCGACCUCCAAAGCCAGCCUUGCCAAGGAGUGUUGACCGAGGAAAACCCCAGGUACGUGGAAGUGAAAUCGCGGGACGUGAGAUCACCGGACUACCCUGAAGUGGAGCUGAAAGAGCCUCUUCUUCUGCCUUCCUGGGAGCCAGAAGACGUGUUCAGUGAACUUAGUAUUCCUCUGGGCGUGGAGUUCGUGGUUCCCAGGACUGGAUUUUACUGCAAGCUGUGUGGGCUGUUUUACACGAGUGAGGAGGCGGCGAAGGUGAGCCACUGUCGCAGCGCUGUCCACUACAGGAACUUACAGAAAUACUUGUCCCAGCUGGCCGAGGAGGGCCUGAAGGAGUCAGAGGGGGCAGGCAGCCCCAGGCCUGAGGACAGUGGAAUUGUGCCUCACUUUGAAAGGAAAAGGCUCUGAUGUUGCUGCUGCUGCUGCUGCUGCCGCCACCGCCUCUGCCUCCGAAAGCGGGGAGAGGAGUCCUGCAGAGGGGGAGCCUCCCGGAUGGACAGGACGGAAGCAAAGAGGAAGGAAAACCAGGCAGGGCACGUUGCCUGGGGCUCAUUAAAAACCCCUGAAGUGUCUCCGUGAGCCAAGUCACCCUCAGCUCUCUCCCUCUGGACCCCGGUUUCUCUCUCAUAAUCUUUCAACUUUGCUUUUCUCUCUUCCUCUUGCUCCCUCCCCAUCUCCUUCCUUCUGUGCCAAGAAUCAUUUUCUUUUCAUAAAAUCCGACUUCUCAGGGAUUUUCAGAGUGUUUAAAUUCUUGAUAGGAUAGAACAGGUCAGGCCAGACUGAGUCAUGCAAGGAAGAGGCUUAAUGGAGACCCCUGGGUCAGGAGAGCUACUUCUGUGAAUCUGUAGCAGCGUCUCAGUCUGGCAUCUGUGUGUCCCUUGGGUGCUGGAGCCGGGGAGGGAGCCCAGUCCUCAAGGGGCCUCUAGAGAGAAUCCAUUGACAGAAGCAGAGAGUGGCUCCAUUAACGGCUUCUUUCAGCUGGACCCCAUGUUUUUGAAAAGUUCCUAUUUUAAAUAACUUUCUCCUCGCAGUGAUUCUAGCAAUCCACCCGACCGAAAUGCCUUAAAGUAAAAGCAGAUUGAUUUUAUGAAGAAAAGAGCCCUGCGUUGUUAAAGCUCUGAUUGAUUCCAAAGUUACAUCCCACCUCUUGAUUUCAGGAGGUGUCGGGAUUUAUUCUAUUCGGGACAGUGAUUUUGGUAUAGAUUCAUUUUAACUAAAAUUGAGGACAGAAGUGUCUUUUCCCUCUAGCUGAACAGCAGCUGGUGUGGGCUCUGGUUGAAUGCUGGCCUCUGCUGUGUGGCAUUGGCUGGAGAGAUGCAAAAACCAGGCGACUGUCCUUGACUCACCCUGGGUGCCUGCACUCAGGGGUCCAAGGACCUCACAGUGGGGAGGUUUUAAAAUGAUCCCUCAGUAGCAGGGAGCUAAGAGAAGGCCACAGGACUGAAGAGUGGCUUUGAGGUUUGCCAGGUAUUUGUAAGGUGGGUUCUUUCCAACCAGGCAGAAGGUGGAGUGCUGCUCUGGGCUGACCAGAUGUGCAGACUUUGAUGUCAGAAUGUUAUAGGAACAGAAGAGCCCUUAUUCCCAGUGGGGUCAGUGCCUUCAGGCCCCAGAUGGGCUGCAGGGUCUCAGCCUGAUAUUCUAGUAGAAGGAUUUAGGACAAAGGUGCUGGAAGAAAUGAUACUCUGCUAAUGCCACGAGUGGAGCCCAGGAAGAAGGGAACAGUGCUAUUUCCAGGAGCUGAGUUACUCCCCUGAAGGUGCCUCCAAGGCUUAGUCCCCUGGGCGGGGAACAAGGAAGAUGGAUGUCUCUCCUCUGGGAGCUUCCUAUUGUUUCCAUUCCUCCACAUGGGCAGGGAGACUGGGCAGGGAUUAUGUGGGGUUUUCCCCCCUUAUUCUGCACAUGCUGUCUUCUCCAUGAAUGCAAGAAAGGUGAAAAGAUGAUCUAGUUCAAUGCCAACAUUUUACCAGUGAGGAAACUGAGGCACAGAAGAAACAAAUGUAGAAUCGUAAGCGGAUCAUGUGUAAACCUUGAGGCACACAGUCCCUGAGUGAAGAGAGAAGAGUCAAGGCGCUUACCAGAGGAAAACAGACCAGUUUGGACAGGAGUGGUGAGGAGAGAUUAGAAGAAGCAAGAAACCAGAGCCCACCAGCAGACCACAGGAGGCCUCAGGAAGGUUGGUAUCUCAAACAGAAAAGAUCCGAAGACUGUGGCUCAGCCCAGACUGUACCCCUGGCUCACCCCACAACAUUCUGAAUACCAGCUGUCUCCUCCAUUUCUCAGAAAACCAUUGACCCUGUGCGUCUUUAUUCCCACUGGAGAGGAUUCUGGGAGCAGCAGUUUGGCCUCUUCACUGAAUCUUGCUGGGAAAAGCCUACCUCCUCCAUCAGAGGCUGGAGCUGCGCACCAUUAUUAGAGAGGCUGGACGCUUCACCCCCAGCAAAGUGGGAGCAGACUGCAUUAGGUCCCCCCACCCCUGGCAGUGUUCUGUGGAAAUCCAGAUUGCAGGUCCCUGUACAAUGCAAUGGCUCCUUGCUGGUAGACUGACCUUCAUAUUGGAAAGUUGGGGACAACCCCCAAGAGGGAGAGAGGAGAGUGUCCCUGCAUUCAAUCAGAACCUUCAGUUUAAAAUCAUCUGAGAUUCUGUACUUGUACGUAUAUAUAUACAUAUAUACAUAUUUAUUUCUAUUUAUUUUUAUACAAUUCCAUUGGCAUGGCCCAUCACCGACCCUAUAAUUUGCACUUUUUAUUCCUAUGUAUGUCACACACAAUGCAGUAUUAAAGGCAACCAGGAAAAUAACGAUUUCUUUUGUAAAGCUUUUCUUCAGUGUUUUUGUCAACCAUUUCAAAGUGUCUCCUUGAAAGGGUUGCUCAAGAGAGGGUGCUACCUUGAGCAACAGAUUCAUUUGUGCCCUGGGUUAAUACAACAGAAGACCUGGGUCAUUUUCUUUUCAUUGUUAACCCCUGGAAUAAAAUACAUCCAGAUAAUACUCCCAAAGAAUUUGUUGAACUUGGUGUGAGCAGCAGCCAUUAAUAUCAGGGUUUCCAUUCUUGGACAGUCCGAGGUAGUGAUCUGUUAGAUUAUACUUGAACUGGACCAGUUUGUUUUGUGAGUUUAUGAGAAAAACAAAAACACUAGUUAAAGUUUGAACUUGUAAAGUAUUGGAAAUUUGUUGAGUGUCUUAUAAAUUGUCACCGUUUUUCCUGAUUUGUAUAACUGACCGCAAGGUGUUUGUUUUUACAAAAGGGGGAAAAGAUUUUAAUAAAGCGAAUUUGAAAGC